AUGCAAAAUCAAUCGGUCCUAUUUGUGACGUUGGGCGGCCUAGAGCUGUAUUCCCUGGUGAAGAAUCUAGCGGUCCCGAAUGUUCCUGCUGAAUUGCCGUUCGAGAAGUUGAAAUCCCUAUUACUGGACCACAUUCUCCCAGUGGAUUUUCAGGCCACUGAACGGGCCAAAUUCUAUUCAGUGAUCAGAGCUGCCAACAUGCCGUGCCGUGAAUUCAUCCUUCAGUUAAACAAACAGGAGCUAGAAUGCAACUAUGGUGGUCGAUUGGAAGAACAACUUUGUGAUCGUCUCGUUACCGGAAGAAACAACAUCUCAUUAAAACGUAAGAUGUUGGAAAAGAAAGACAUCACGUUUGCUGAGGCUCGAAAAAUCUGUGAGCAAAGUGACGAUUUGUGUGCUGCCACAAAUGUGUUAUUCCAUCGGCAAUCAACGAAACCAUUAUGUGACGCACCCAAUCUUCAACAUUUGCCCUACGUUCCUCAAGUACCCAGUUCAAGCCAAGCACAACCGAAGGCUGCGACCAACCGCUGCUUUUCAUGUGGUGAAUACCACCUUCGUUCGACUUGUCGAUUCCGCAAUGCCACUUGCCAUACAUGCGAUGAGAAUUCAAGCCCAAUCUACACGCUGCAGACCGCUGAACCCAACAACCAGUUCGUGUUCGCCCCACUGAGGUUCGAGUCUGGUGUGGAGCAUCGAUUCAUCAUGGACAUAGGAAGCAGCGAAUCUAUCCUACCGAAAUCAGCACUCAAUGCGAUUUGUCCCAAUGCUAUUCUAGCCCCGACUUCAGUGCGCGUUCAUGGGGUUACUGGCCAUCAGUUGCAAUUACUUGGCGAAACGAUGUUGUGCGUUCAAUGUGAAUCCGAUGUUACAAUCCCAAUCCGAUUCCUGGUAUCAGCCUACAGUCCGUCUAUUCUGGGCCUGCGACCAAUGCGGCUACUACAAGAACCAAUCACACUACAUACCAACAAUGAUAAACCAAUCAUCUAA